AUGCUCUUCAUCUUCUCCUUCCUUUUGGUCCCAUUUACAGCUAAUGCUGCUAUCACCGGUGACUUGAAUUGUACCACUUACAAUGGAACAUCGUUCGUCUACACCCCUGCUGCUGUCGCCUGCUCCAACACCAUUUCCGAUGCCGCUUGUGAAGUUCUCUACGUCGAUCCCGACACCACCGCUGGAUACCCAUCUGCGGGAACUGAUGCUCAAAGACCAUUGGCUUGUUAUACCACAGCCACUGCCACCCCAGCUGCUAUUGUUCAAGACAUGAAGACGGCCGCUUUGGAUACGUGUGCCAAAACAUGUGGAUUGUGUUGCCAGACUGAUGCGUACAGUUGCGCUAAUGUUGCCUACCCUCGCCUCGACUGCUCCACAAUCACCACCGCUCAAUGCAACUCUGUCAUCUGGAGAUCCAUCAUCGCUACUGACUGCCCAUCUGCCUGCGGAUUCUGCAACGAGGGAGGAUGCGUGGACGCUGUUGUCGAUUGCGCCACAGACAUCUCCAUUUGUACCACUGUUGGAAUGCAAGACUUUGUUAACACCUACUGCCAAAGAACCUGUGGAAGAUGCCCAUCCUCUACCACCUCCUCAUCUACCACUACUGCAUCUCCUUCCUCCUCAACCUGCACAUCUUACAAUGCUGAUAGCUCUUCUCAUUGCGCUGAUUGGGCAGCCAAUGGAUUCUGCACCAACACCUUCUACACCUCGGCUCAACGCAAAUCCUACUGUGCUUCAACUUGCAAGAUUUGCUAA